CUAAGAUGGCGGGAAAUAACCUACAACGGUGAAAAAUCAGCGUCGUGAUUGGCUACCAUGCCGUAAGGCGCGUGUUCAACUCAGCCCGAGGCAGUGGUCAAGUUAUUUGGCGGCGCAUCGCACAUCUUUUCAGCGGGAGUGUUGAGCGUUGUUGAACAACCAACGCACUUGUCAUCAGAUUUCUUUGAAGAUGUCAAAUAUUUAAAGACUGCGAAGUGAUGGUCCAAGGAAAGGAUGGAAAAACAGGCCUGUCUAAAAAUGAGUAUCUUCUCGCCGGUUCUGUCAGUGGCUUUGUCGCUAGAGCCGUUGUACAACCGUUGGAUGUAUUGAAAAUACGCUUUCAGUUGCAAAUGGAACCAAUUAAAGUUUCCAAAUCGAGCAAGUACCAAGGCCUUGUUCAGGCUGUGAAGUGUAUAAACAAAGAGGAAGGUGCUAUUGCUUUUUGGAAAGGUCACGUGCCUGCCCAAAUGCAAUCUGUCACUUUCACUGGUGUUCAGUUUCUCUCAUUUGAAGUAAUUUCUUCAUGGUUGAAAGAAGUCAACAGUAUUCUCGUUUCGGAUAACAAAAUUCUGGGCUCACCUUUAACCUACAAACCUGUUGGUAAUUUUCUGUGUGGGUGUGGAGCAGGAUCUAUAGCAGCAAUAGUUACUCAACCCUUGGAUGUUUUGCGUACACGUUUCAUUGCCCAAGGUGAACCGAAAACAUAUGCGAGUAUGUCACAUGCAGCUGUUUGCAUAAUAACUCGAGAAGGUCCUCAAGGGUUCUUUCGUGGAAUUGUGCCUUCUCUUCUUCUGGUAGCCCCACAGACGGGAAUGCAGUUUGCUAUCUAUCAUACUUUCAAUCAAAUUGUGGACCAUAUGAGAAAUUACUUUGACCCCAGUAUCACUGGAAGUUCCUCACAAUCCCAUAGUAGUAAUCAUUCAAUUGGUGCUAUCCAAAGUAUGGUUGGUGGGGGACUUGCAGGAGUAGGUUCCAAGUGCAUAAUUUAUCCGUUGGACAUGGUCAAAAAACGUAUGCAAGUGCGGGGUUUCGAAGAAGCACGUAUUCAAUUCGGCCAGAUUCCUAACAGACAGGGCGGCUUGUGGAGAUGCUUGGUUGAAAUAUGGAAAGUAGAAGGUGCUGCAGCAAUUUUCAAAGGUUUGAGACCUACCUUACUCAAAUCCUUUGUUUCUAUAUCUUGUAGGUUUACAGUGUACGAACAGAUUUGCAGAUUUCUUUUUUAUCACAAUCAUUCAUAAGCUAAUCUCAGUGUUUUGUGAGAUUGUAUAUUAUGUUUGUGUAAUUCAUUCCGAAUUUUAAAAUCCUUCAGUACUCUUAUCUUAUCGUUGUAAAUUUUCUGAAGGUGUUUGAUUUUUAUCUAUCUUACUCUUCAAGAACUGCAUUUCUUCUAUCUAACACUUCAAUAGAAAGUCUUCGAAGCGCCUUUUCAUGCUGACAUUCUCUUGACACAAAUCUCUGAUUUUACCUGUAUAUUUCCAUCUUACCUUCUAUCCGUACUACCCGAUUGUUAACGUGAUUUCAUAUGAUGAACUUCUCCUCUGUUUUAUUUCUCUGGGUGUUUGUUCAUAUUUUAUCUACCCUUUCACUGUUUUUUGCUAGUAGUUUAGUGUGCAUAAUAUUUUUCAUUUAUUCCAUUCGCAAUCAGAUAAAAGUUUUGUUUCAAGGAAAUAGAACUGCAGAAUAAAGUUAAAUAUUUAGGAAAGUGACUGUCAUAAAUGUUAUAACAGCUUCAAAUGCUUAGUGUUGUUCGUUUGAGUUUAAAUUGAUACAUGCAUAUCACCUGACAGUCUACAGU